CCAGUAACGCAUGUGAGCUAAACCACUGACCAAGUGCAGCCACAAAGGCCAAAUCUUGCCGAGAUUCACUGAAAGAGUCAACACCAAUCAUCGGCUCAUCGCGGUUGUCAUGGAGCUGGCCGCACUGCUCUUGCUCCUCCCCUUCCUCCUCGCCGGCCUAUUCUACCUCGGGAGGCACCGCGGCGACGGCGGGGUGGACGAGCGUCGUCUCCCUCCGGCUCCUCGUGGCCUGCCCGUCAUCGGCAACCUGCACCAGGUAGGCGCGCUCCCUCACCGCGCCCUGCGCGCGCUCGCCGCGGCCCACGGCGCGCCUGACCUCCUGCGGCUCCGCCUCGGCCGUGUGCCGGCCCUGGUCGCCUCCUCCCCCGCCGCUGCCGCCGAGCUCAUGCGCGCGCAGGACCACACCUUCGCCACGCGCCCCUACUUCCGAACCGCCGAGAUCCUCAGCUACGGCUUCCGCGAUCUCGCCUUGGCGCCCCACGGCGAGCACUGGCGCCACGUCCGCCGGCUCUGCGCCGCGCACGUCCUCAGCGCCGCCCGGUCCCACCGCCAGAACGCCAUGAAAGAGCUUGAGGUGGCCGCCCUGGUCAAGGCCGUCGCCGCCGAAGCUUCCUCCGCCGCCGGGGUCGUGGACGUGAGCGGGGCGCUGUACCGGCUCGCGAACGACGUGAUCUGCCGGGUGGUCUCCGGGAGGGUGUCAGGGUCAGGAGAAGAGGAGGGGAGGAGCAAGCUGUUCAGGGAGGUGGUCCAGGAGAACACCGCGCUGCUGGGCGGGUUCUGCGUCGGGGACUACUUCCCGGCGCUGGCGUGGGUGGACAAGCUGCUGUCCGGCGGCGGCGCGCGGGCAUGGAGGAACUUGAGGCGGUGGGACGAGCUGCUCGAGAAGGUGGUGCAGGAGCACGAAGUGAGGAGGCGUGGGCGUCGACGCGGGGAUGAUGACGAUGCCGGCGGGGAGGAGGGUUUCGUCGACGUUCUUCUGUCGCUGCAGGCGGAGGGUCAGGACGGGUUCGAGCUGAGCAGGGACAUCGUCAAGUCGCUCUUGCAGGACAUGUUCGCGGCGGGUAUCGAGACGACCUACGUCGCACUUGAGUGGGCCAUGUCGGAGCUCAUCAAGAAUCCCACAGCAAUGCGGAAGCUACAGGACGAGGUCCGCAAAAUCGAACCAUCCGGCGGCUUUGCUAAGGCUGACAGGCUCGGCGCCACGAUUACGCCCUACCUGAAGGCGGUGGUGAAGGAGACGCUCCGCCUCCACCCGCCAGCGCCGCUGCUCCUGCCCCGCGAGUGCAUGCAGGACGCCACCGUGCUGGGCAACCACGUCGCCAAGGGCACUCGAGUGUUCGUCAAUGCCUGGGCCAUCCACCGUGACCCGGACUCCUGGCACGCGGCCGACAAGUUUCUCCCGGAAAGGUUCUUGCAGAGCGAGGUGGACUUUAGGGGCCGGCACUUUCAGUACAUACCCUUCGGGGCGGGGCGGCGGAUCUGCCCUGGGAUGCAGUUUGCUCUCUCCACCAUCGAGCUUGCUCUCGCAAACUUGGUGCGCACGUUCGAUUGGGAGCUGCCGGACGGCAUGGCGCCAGAGGAGCUCGACAUGUCCGACGCGCCAGGCCUGGUGACGCCAAGGCGGGUGGGUCUCCGUCUUGUUGCUAGGCCUUUCGAGUGGGAGCAAUAGGCAUAGCCUACAGAGCGGACGGUUCAGUAUAAUAUGUAAGCAACCUUGUAGUGAAUCUAGAGUUUCUUAAUGUGUAGCCUGCUUGGCAUGUUUGUUUUGUAUAGUACUCCCUCUAUUCCAUAAUAGUUUUCACUAA